AUGAAUACAGGAACAUCGCCGUCCAUCAUCGGCGGCGGAGGCGGAGUUAGCGGCAAUGAAUGGGAGUCACGACCUGGUGGAAUGGUCGUACAACGGCGGACGGAUCAAAGCUCCGAUACGCCACGUGUCAUUCGCGUCCGGGUCAAAUACUUGUCGGUUUACCACGAGAUCAACAUCAACUCCCAAUCUAGCUUCGGAGAGUUGAAGAAGGUCUUGUCUGGUCAGGUUGGACUUCACCAUGAAGACAUGAAGAUUAUUUACAAAGACAAGGAGAGAGACUCGAAGAUGUUUCUUGAUCUUUGUGGAGUUAAAGAUCGGUCAAAGCUUGUUCUUAAAGAAGAUCCGAUGGCUCAGGAGAAACGUCUCCUCGAGAAAAGGAGAAACGCUGUUGUUGAAAAAGCUAUGAAAUCGAUCACCGACAUUAGUCUUGAAGUCGAUAGGCUCGCCGGACAGGUGUCGGCGUUUGAGACAGUGAUUAAUAAAGGAGGAAAAGUUGAAGAGAAGAGUCUCGUGAAUCUGAUUGAGAUGUUGAUGAAUCAGUUGCUGAGACUUGACGCCAUAACUGCUGAUGGAGAUGUGAAGCUAAAGAGGAAGAUGCAAGUGAAAAGAGUUCAGACGUACGUUGAAACACUUGAUGUCUUGAAAGUCAAAAACUCGACCAAAAAAGUGGAUAUCAACAAGUCGGUGCGUCAGAAACCGCAAAAAACGCAAACGCAAUAUCAGCAACGCGAUUUGUUAUCGUUUGUUGAUGAAGGGGAGGAGGAGCAAGAGGAGCCAAGGAGGGAUUCAGGCGCGUCCUCAUCAGGUACUCCAGCGAAUGUAACUAAUAAUAAUUGGGAGACAAUGUUUGACUCCACAUCGGCGGCUAAGGCGGUUGAACCGGUUAAACCGGUCCCUCCAAGAUUCAAAUGGGAAUUUUUCGAUUAA